AAUUCUCCCUCCAGGAAGCUCUUCCAACCCUCCCACCACCCUGGCCCAAGAAAAAACUCCUCCUGAAUUCUUGCCUGCCUAUCUUGUUCAAACCUUCUCUGCACAAACCUCAAUCUGUUAAGAUCUUUCCAAGAUGGUCUUGUGACAAUCUUUAGAAUCACAAUGAAUUUAUAGCUCUCUGCGCGUGUCAUGAGCUCAAUCACCACUUUCUCUCUAAAUCUCCUGUCUCAUUCAGUCUCGGUUGUGCUGCUAUAUUGGUUCUAUGUGUUUUCCUGAACCUGAUCUCUCCUAAACAAGUUGCCUUCCAUGUAAAUUUGUGUCUCACCACAAUCACCAAUUUGUCUUGGCUUUUCACUCGCUACUGGAUUGAUUCAUUUGACCAAAGAGCCCCACAAAGUAGCGAACCUGAAGGAUGAUGUCCCUAGCACAAGGUAGCUCAGGGUCCGAAGCAGAUGCCAGGUACCUGGGGACGGACGAGAAGAAGAGGCGGCGGAUGCAAUCGAACCGGGAGUCGGCGAGGCGGUCGAGGAUGAGGAAGCAGAAGCACCUCGAGGACCUGACGAGGGAGAUCGGCGAGCUGGAGAGAGAGAACCGUGAGAUCGUCAAGGCGUACAAUGCCAAGGCGAAGGCGCACCUCGGCCUCCAAUCGGAGAAUGACGCCCUGCUUGACGAGAAGGCGGCGCUGAUGGAUCACCUGAACGGUAUGGAAUCGAUCAUUGGCAAUUUCAACAAGAACGGGCCGUGCCAAAGGUUCGGUUCCGGAGUCCAAGAGCCGUGGCUGGUCCACAGCCCGUCGCAACAGAUCAUGGCAUCUGCUAGCAUGUCUAGGAUUUAGGUGACGUCUAAGUGGUGUCUGUAACUGCUGCCCGUCCCAGUACAACUCAUUGUUAGGCCCA